AUGGGCAGCAGCUCCAGUAAGAGCGAAGCCUCUAAUGGGAAGCAGCAAUCAACGUCAAACACCAACGAUACUGUUUCUUUUAAAAAUGAGCUACUAGGGAUGGUACUUGAUGGUCUCAUGCUCUUUGCCAUGUACCAGACAUCGAAAUAUUUGUACAAGCAAAUCAAGCCAAUGAUAGAUGACUGGGAUAAAGGGCAAGAUAGUCAGGCCAAACUUAAGAAUCGCUUGCAGCGCACAGGUCGCCGCGCAUUUAAGACAAGCUACUUUGAGAACAUCAUCGCUGGUGACAUUAUUGAUCCACACGAUAUUGACGUUACAUUUGAAGAUAUUGGUGGUCUAGAGCGCCAAAAACGUGAUAUCUACGACUUGGUAGUAUUACCACUUAAAAGCCCCGAGUUUUUCGCCUCUCGUGGGACACUGCUUACUGUGCCUAAAGGCAUUUUACUCUAUGGCAAACCUGGAACGGGUAAGACAAUGCUAGCUAAAGCUAUUGCCAAAGAGUCCGGUGCCUUCUUUAUUGAUCUGAAGAUCAGUACAAUUAUGAGUAAGUGGUUUGGCGAGUCACAAAAGCUUGUACAGGCUGCUUUUUCCCUUGCACAGAAACUAGCGCCGUGUAUUAUCUUUAUUGAUGAGGUUGACUCGUUCAUGGGCAAGCGAGGGGGCGUGUCAGACCAGACAUUUUCGUCUAUGAAAACGGAAUUUCUUGCGCUUUGGGAUGGAUUUACUGAAAUGACUAAUGGAGACGGUGGAGGCUUUGGUGUUUUGAUUAUGGGUGCAACGAAUCGACCCGGUGAUGUAGAUCCUGCUUUCCUUCGUCGUAUGCCUCGUACUUUUGAAAUUGGAUUACCGAACAAAUUACAGCGUGAGAAAAUUCUCCGACUACAGUUGAAAUCCGAACGGAUAGACGAUAAUUUCGAUUAUACCAAGCUCGCUGUUGAUACAAUGGACUACAGUGGAAGUGACCUAAAGGAAUUAUGUCGCGCUGCGCUGAUGAUUCCGCUUCGAGAACAUAUCGACAAUUGUCGAGCUGCUGAAGAGGAAGCUGCAAACCGCCAGACGGAUGAGCACGAGGAAACGCUAAUAUACGAUGAGACUGCUCCGAUAAAUGCUUUGACGAUGCGUCCACUAUCAAUGGCUGACUUUGACGAAGCGAGGACCAUGGUACAGCCUACUGGAGCGACAGCGUAUGCGUACGAACAGUCGCAAGAGGAAGUAAGGCCCUUGCGACAAGCAUCUGGCAGUUCAAUUGAUCCAGAUAUCUUUGCCGCCGUGUUGGCAGCUGGGUUGCAAAAUUUGAUGCAGCAGAGCCGCAAUGUCGAGUCGGCUUUUUAA